CCACCAGGUCAAGCAGUUCGACGUUCCUUCAGAAUCGGAGGACUUUCUUGGAAAUGGCAUCUCUCACCGUGAACACGCAUCAGAGCAGACCUGUAGCGAGGCAUUCGGUUUUCACUAUUGAUAGUAUACUAGGACUGGACAGGCCAGAGCAGAGGACCGUGAUUGCAACACCUUAUCGCCCAUGGGCAGAUGUGCAACCAACGCAAAACCGUUACGGGGUAGCGAAUGGGUCACUGGAUUUUGCGCCAAAGGAGGACAGUAAAGACAAAGCGCCUGCGGAUAAUUACAGACAAACGCUGAACUGGUACAUAGGACGCAGGCCACGGACUGCUUUCUCCAGUGUACAGAUUGAGAUACUUGAAAGUGUGUUUCGAGUAAACUCGUACCCAGGGAUCGACGUACGAGAAGAGCUUGCCCAGAAACUGCAUCUUGAUGAAGACAGAAUACAGAUCUGGUUCCAGAACAGAAGGGCCAAACUGAAGCGAUCCCACCGAGAGUCCCAGUUCCUCAUGGUAAAAAAGGUCAUUGGUCUUCAGAGAACAGAUCAGCAGGAAUUGUAAUAAAUACUGAAAAUAUG